AUGUCCGGCCACCAGGGAUUGGUGGCGCUCUCACUCACGACCUCCUUCCUCCUCCUGAAGCCCCACGGCUGCGGCACUAUGGAUUUCUUCUGCCACCAACCCUCCACCUUCGAAUCCGCCAUGUUCUACCUUUCCAUCUACCUCAUCGCCCUCGGCAGCGGCGCCUACGAGCCCUCCCUCGCCACCUUCGGCUCCGACCAAUUAGACGACCACGGCGACGACGACGAAGAAAACCCAAACAUCUCUUCCAAGCAGCAGUCCUUCUACAGCUACUUCUACGUCGCCACCAACCUCGGCUCCCUCGUUGCCGAGACCAUUAUCGCUUACAUCGAAAACACGGGGCAAUGGACUUUGGGAUUUUACAUAUCCGCGGCCUGCGCGGUGCUGGCGAUUGCUCUGUUCUUCCUAGGGAGGACCAGGUACCGGUUCGUCCAGCUGAGUGGGCCCAAUCCACUCUCCAGUUUCUGUCAGGUGGUGGUCGCGUCUUGCAACAAGGCCAAGAUCGCGCUUCCUGUGGAGAAUGGAUUGCUUUACGACGGUCCUGAAGAAAGGCAGAAGCCAAAAAGUACGGCGGCUCUCCCUGCUAAGGAUUUUAGAUUCCUUGACCACGCAGCGAUCGUGACGGAAGAGGACGCAUUGGCUCCCAAUCCAUGGCGGCUUUGCACGGUGGCGCAAGUGGAGGACGUCAAGUGCGUGCUCCGCGUCGUCCCCAUCUGGCUCUGCACACUCACCUUCGCUGGCGUCUUCGUCCAGAUGGUGUCCCUUUUCGUGGAGCAGGGCGCGGCGAUGGACACCGCUCUCCCCGGCGGCUUCCACAUCCCCCCGGCCAGUCUCACCGCCUUCGACAUCCUCGUCGUCUCUUUCUUCAUCGUCUCCUACGACAAGCUUUCUUGGAUGCUCGACAAGCUCAACACGCCCGUCUUCCCCCCGAACUUCGACCUGUGGAAGAUGGGUGCCGGGCUGGUCGUGGCGAUGGCCGGCAUGGUCGUCGCCGGCAUCCUAGAGCGGGAGCGGCGCGAUCGGGGGGAGGGUCACCAGCAGAGCUCGCUGUUCAUUCUGUGGCAGGUGCCGCAGUACGUGUUGAUCGGCACAGGGGAGGCGUUGGUGUACGUGGGGCAGUAUGAUUUCUUUAGCUCGCAGGUGCCCGAAGCUCUGAAGAGCGUGGGGAUCGGGCUGUCGAUGGCGUCGGUGGCAGUGGGAAGCUACGUGUGCAGUCUAGUGCUGACGGUGGUGAUGGCAGUGACGACGAGAGGGGGGAGGGUGGGAUGGGUGCCGCCUGAUCUAAACCAGGGGCGGUUGGAUGCCUUCUUCUUCCUCAUGGCGGGGCUAACGGCGGUGGAGCUGGUGAUCUAUACUUGGGUUGCAAAGAGAUACAAAUACAAAGUAGCUUCGGAUUGA